CACUAAUCAAUCAACCUCUCAACCUCCGCGUUCAGACUGCAAAGCGAAUAAUUAAAUAAAUAAAUAAUUAAUAAUAAUAACAAUUAAUCCGGCGUAAAUCAGCUCUCGCGCCAGCAGCCAAGUGCCCUCCCCGUAAGUCAGAGCGCGUGACUGUGACUCUGAUGCUGAAUUGCGGCGCGUGGGGGAAAAAAGGAAAAAAACAAAAGAUUGCUGAGUCUGACCAGGGAAGGGGGGGCGCGAGCGAUCCGGUGGAAGUUACCGAGCCACAUACGUGUCCCUCGCGCUGCCCGUGACCGAGGACGGUGGAGCAUCCAGAGGACGGAGGUGCAUCCUGAGGACAGCGCAUUUGGCGGAUCCCUCUCUCCAGCAACUGUUGAGUGUUUUGACCACUCGUACCUGCCUGCUGACCUUUCUGUGGCCUCCCUCGACUGUGAUUGUUGACCAGCAGUGAUGGGGCGGAAGCUGGACCUCUCUGGACUGACUGAUGAUGAAGCAGAGCAUGUGCUCAGAGUGGUCCAGCGAGACAUGAAGCUCCGCAAGAAAGAGGAGGAACGACUCAGUGAUCUGAAGCAGGAGUUGGAGGAGGAGGGCAGUCGGUGUAUGCUGCUGGUGAAGCAGCACAGGUUUAAUGAGCAGUGCUGUAUCCGCUGCUGCCAGCCGUUCAGCUUCCUGCUCAACCCGCGCCGCGCCUGCCUCGACUGCACCUACAACGUCUGCAAAGCCUGCUGCAGCUACAACCAGCAGGAAAAGGGCUACGUCUGCACCGCCUGCCAGAAGACCAGGUUGCUGAGAACACAAUCGUUGGAAUGGUACUACAACAAUGUAAAGAGCCGCUUUAAGAGAUUCGGCAGCGCUAAAGUCCUCAAAACCCUCUACAGGAAACACAUCAUUGAGAGAGGAGCUCUGUCCGAAUUACCAGCAGAUGUCAGUGCUCCUGAGGGCAGUAACGAUAAUGAUGGCAGUGUGUGUGGCAGUGACUCCCCAUUCUACAAGCAUAGUGAAGGUCACAGUAUGGCAGAGACCCUCACUGUUGCCCUGCGUGUUGCUGAGGAGGCCAUAGAAGAAGCUAUCGCUAAAGCAGAGAGCUAUAGAGAUAGCCUGGAGAAACAGAAUGAGGCUCGGUAUCUGCGUGAUCAUAAAGAGGAGCUCAUAGAGGAACUCGCUACUACUAUCGUCCAAAAAAUCAUUCAGAGGGGGAAACGCACUGAGAUACAAGCAGAGUAUGACUUGGUUUGGUCUCAGGCUCAGAACAGCGAAAUUCCAUCCCCUACCUCAGCAUCCAACACACACACCUCAGCACAGCACACACACACUGCUCCACAGCACUCACCUCUCGCCCAGGCCAGUGUCAAGAGCUCCUACUCACUGUGGAGAUCACGGUCAGCGUUUUCUUUGACGAGUGACGAGUCUCCUGAUAAAGCUCCUGAAGCAGACGAGCCUCCAGGAGGCUGUGAAGCUGCGGAACCAGAGCCUGAGAUCCAGCUGUAUUCCUCACUGAGGAGAGAGAGCCGUGCUUCAUCUGUACCAGGCUGGAAGAGCGUGGAUCGCCUGGACAACUCCUGUGCUUCCUCGGUGCUGCAGUCUCCAGACGGCAACUGGAUUGCCCUGCAGAGCUCCCAGCACUUGCGGCCAAGCCUGCUGGCCAAGCGUAAAAGCCUGGUGUUCAGUGUGCUGGAGAAAGAGUCGGGCGUGGUGUCUGCAUACGACGAGAUGGGCUCAGACUCGGACACUGAAGACCAGAGCAGCUGGGGGGUUGCGCUGCUGCAGUUCCGCAGAGGCCUCUCAGACGAGUCGUACUACACCGACUCCCAGCACGACCCGGAGUGGACGUAUGCACGCCACCAUCCGCCUGUAACUUCACCCUCCUCGGGCCAGUACACCAACACAGAAACCCUUAACUCAGAUUCUGAGGCCUCUACAGCACCUCCGACCCGACCACGCAGGCCUACGCAUAACAUUCACCAGAGAAAGAAAGGGCUGUCUGACUGUCACCCACCCUACAUGCCCUAUACACCCUACAGAAACCCACCUGACCUCACAGUCCCGCCUCCGCUGAGGUCUGACACACUAGACGUCAACUUUAACCCCAGAGUGGGCGGAGACAGCAGCGAGGGGGAGGAGCGAAGCAAUGAGCACAUCAGAAGGUCACGCCGCCGGAGGAGGAGCAAGCGCGAGUUGGCUGAACAAAGUCACAGAGCACAUAACUCUGUGUAUAGCACUGCUACACCGGAGAACAGUGCUCUCUUGCUUAACGCUAUGAUGAUGCGGCGACAACAGAGCCAGGAGGCUCCGCCCCCUCUGCCCCCUCUCCAAUAUCAGACUCCAGACACUGUGACCCCACCUGAGGUUUUUACCCCUGGUGCCAUGACUCCAGAACCUGAGUACCAGGACACGGUUGCCCCCAACUCCAUGGCUGCCAGCCCACCCACGCACAACCAAGCAGCACCCACCAAGCCAGGGCCCACCUCACAGGGCCUCAGGUUCAGGGCCUCACCUGGAAAUGACACCAUGGAACAGGAACUGAGGUCUAAACUCUCCGAGCUGGUUGGCCAGAUCAGCAGGGAGGAUAUGACAUCAUCCGAAGAUGAGCCAAUUAGGAAAGUCAGCAGUAGAGAGAGGGAGAAAGAAAGUGAGCGAUUAAGACAGAGAGAGAGAGAAAAGCGAAUGAGAGAUGGAGAGACGGAGAGGAGCAGGAGGGAAAUGGAGAAAGAGAGCGAAAAACGAGUAGAAAGGCAGAUUAGCAGGGAACGGGAUAUAAUUGAUGUCGUGAGGCCGAGACAUAUUGAGAGAGAGCAGGAAAGGGAGAGAGAGAGACAGAGAGAAGUAGAGAGGGAGAGAUUAUUGAAUGUGGAAAAGCAGCGAGAAGUAGAAUGGCAGGUAGAAAUAGAAAAGGAAAGACGGAGGGAAAUGGAAAGGCAAAAACGAGAGCAAAUGAAUGGUCCUAGCUUAAAGAUGGAUCUGCAGGAGAUACGCAAAGUGAGUGCUGUAACAGAAAACGGCAAUGAUGGAGUGAUUGAGAAAGGGAAAAGUAUAAAGGAAGGAAGUAGCGCAACAAAAGACAAUCCAGGCGAGGAGAGGGUCAAAAGAAAGUUGAUGCAGAGGAGCAAAUCAGAAAGAGGCUCUGAAAGAAGGUCAGAACUUGUGGAGCUGAAGAAGACGAAGUCUAUGACCGAAACAACAGUCAGCUCCCCUUGUGGUCCGGAGGAGCAAACGUCUCCACCAGAGAGUGUUUGUGAACAUGCUCUUCAGCAGAGGCUUCAGUUGCUCUCCUCUCUCCUACAGCAGAAGUAUUCAGCUGCUUCCUUAUGCAGCAUCACUACAGAGGUUCUGAAGGUCCUAAACGCCACAGAGGAAUUAAUCGGGGAGGCCGAGGGCAAAGGUCAUGAUAUUGCAGAGUCCCCAGCCGGCACACCCCUCUCCUCCUGUUCAGACGGCAAGAAACUCGAUCAGCAUCUCACCAAGAUGGAGGAAAAUGUGUACCUGGCUGCAGGUGCAGUGUAUGGCUUAGAGGGGGCGCUGAGUGACCUGGAGGACUGUGCUCGCAGCAUCAGCAGCUCCACCACCGAAACUGAACUGGCCUUUCUGGAGAACCAGGUGGCCACCGCUGCUGCUCAGGUGCAGCAGUCCGAGCUACAGAUCUCUGAUAUCGAGGCACGGAUAUCAGCGCUUAAAAAUGCAGGCCUGAAUGUGUCUGCAUGCUCUCGGUUUGUAAAGACCAAGCCCAAGCCUAAGCCUCAGACCCUGGACUCCUCACGCCAGCAGAGGAGAAAGCUGCCCGCUCCUCCGGCCAGAGAAAAAGAAAGCAAGCCAGAGCCGCAGGUGAGAUCUUUGCGACCAUGACAAGGACUUCAUGAUCAUCAAGUUCCUCUGGCUUCACCCCCCAGUGCCCACUCCCUCUGACUGAAAGGACCGCCAGGCUCUUCCACUCCAGUGCCUUGAUCCCACAUCCGGUCCUUAUACCACCAUAUAGGAACCUACCAUCACUUUCUCUGGGCUUCUGAAUAGAACUAAACUCUGGAGCUUUGCUACACCUCUGUGCUCCAGCACUCUGGGGGAUCUGCUCACCUCUCUCUCUCUCUCUUUCUCUCUCUCUUUCUCUUUCUCUUUGUCUCUCUCUGCCUUAAAGGAGUCCACACUCCUCUAUCAACCAUCACAGAGGGUAUAUUUACAAAAGGUCUGUCAAAUAACUAGAGUUAUACAUAUAUCAUCUAUAUAUAUAUAUAUAUAUGUAUCUUUGUUGGACGAUGAAAGUCGGAAAGCUUUGUUGGACAAAGAAUAACAUUGAGUACUCCUUUUCCUGGCCGUUUUCUAGAGUGUUUUAGGUGUUUGAGUUCUGUAUGUUGAUAAUGUGUUGAUAAUGGCACAAAAAAUAACGUUGUGUACGAUGUGUAUUCCCAAAAGGGGCCGAUCCGAUGCCAUAUUUGCUAAGGGUGUUAUGUAUGUGUGAAAUGUCUUGGUGAAACUCAAGAAAAAUGUUCCCCCACAGGACCUAUUUGAAGCAGAUUUUAUUUAUAUUUUAUUUUUAUGCUGUGUUUAGACGUUUUAUGUUGAAUCGUAUCCACUUGUGCCAUUACCACUUCAGUAUGGACAGUGCAAUGCAAUUCUUAUUAGGCCCUGAACAACAAAAAGAACUGCAAUUUGUCAGCAGUUUAAACAAUCACAUUUAACGUCCUCCUUCCAUUAUGAGUCAGAAGGUCAAGUAGCCCUGGCCGCUUGACCAUUCGUGCAUGAAGUGGCUGUUAACUGUGUGCGCAGGCGUGUGGGUCGUUGUGUGCCCUCACUGAUACAAUGGUCCCAAUACAAUUUUCUGAUCAAUAAAUUAAGCUGUGCUCUUAAGUAACCCUUCAGGUGAACAUGACUAUUAUGAGAGUAUUUCAUUCAACUGGCGUAAAUCAGCAGCCUCUUUUUGAGCGCUGUUGACAUUGCUCAUUUAGUGCUCUUUUGGUAGGCCCGACACACCCAUGGUUAUGCAAGUAUUAAAGGAAUACUCCAGGAAUUUCUUACCUCAUUUUAGGCUGACGAAUCUGUUUUACGCAGUUCCGCUGUAAAGUUUUAAAGGGUUCAAUUGACAAUUACAUUGGCAACUGGUUCUGUUUGUUCUGUUAGUGUCUAAAGUUAUCACAGACUAACUUGUCCUGUGUUUUUACUCCAGUAUAUGUAUUUUACCUGAUUGGGUUCUGUUGGGUUCUAAAUGUAUUUUGAUUCAGCAGUUUUUUCUUUUCUUUGGAUUAAUUUAUUGUCAGUGUCAAUCAGUUAAAAAACAUUUAUAUUGUAAGCCACAUUUAUUAGAGUGCUUUCCUCCACCUGGGUGGCCAACAUGCUUUACUU